AUGACCGGCCUCAUCACCAAACUCCUCGGCCUCUCCGCCUACACAGGCCUAGUCGCAAUCACCCUCCCACACCUCCAAACGCUCAACCUGUCAUCACCAUCCCUCAAAGUCCUCACCGACGUCCUCCCCUUCCUCCAAACCGCCUCAAACUCCUCAACACCCGCCUCCGAGCCCUUCCAGUGCCUUUCGCAAAACUACACCACCCAGAUCGUCUCCCUCGACCCCCUCGUAAUCUACAUCCACAACUUCCUCUCCGAGUCCGACAUCCCCGCCCUCCUCGCCGCCGGCGAACCCGCCUUCAAGCCCUCGUUCGUCUACAAGGACGGCCGGCGCCAGGGCACGCCCGACCGCACGUCCUCCUCCGCCGGGCUGCCGCUCGACGACGCGGCGGUGCAGUGCGUGCUCGCGCGCGCGGAGCGCUUCAUGGGGACGACGCUCGCGCCGGGGAGGGACGAGAUGGGCCCGCCGCAGCUGGUGCGGUAUACCGCGGGGCAGCGGUUCAACGUGCACCACGACUGGUACGACACGUUCCAGCCGGACCGCACCAGCGGGAGAGAAAGGCGGUGGAACCGGGUCGCGAGCUUCUUUGCGAUUUUGGAGGAUGAGUGCGUGGGCGGGGAGACGUGGUUUCCGAAGGUUGAGGCGGUGGCGCCGCAGGAUAAGGCGAAGGAUGGACCGUGGAGGAGGUUUGAGAAGGGCGGGCUGGCGUUUAAGCCGGUCAGGGGGAAUGCGGUAUUUUGGGUGAAUUUGCAUGCGAAUGGGACGGGGGACGAGAGGGUUGUGCAUGCGGGCUUGCCGUUGGCGGAGGGGCUGAAGACGGCGAUGAAUAUUUGGCCAAAGAGGUAUAUCGGGCCGGAGGCGUGGGGGGUGAGGAAGAAGGAGGUUGUUGUGGAUGAGGCGGAGACUGAUCCGGUUUGA